AAAAAGGGACUGGUUGCUAGUGGAAACCUCAGGGUGAAACUCACCCAGCUUUAGUAACCAACUCGAUUGCAUAGACUUUAGAUAACCAUGUGAAGGGGAUUCUACCAUCAGAAAAGAGGCCAAACUUCUAUCACCAUGGUGGAUGUGAAGUGUCUGAGUGACUGUAAAUUGCAGAACCAACUUGAGAAGCUUGGAUUUUCACCUGGCCCAAUACUACCUUCCACCAGAAAGUUGUAUGAAAAAAAGUUAGUACAAUUGUUGGUCUCACCUCCCUGUGCACCACCUGUGAUGAAUGGACCCAGAGAGCUGGAUGGAGCUCAGGACAGUGAUGACAGCGAAGAGCUUAAUAUCAUUUUGCAAGGAAAUAUCAUACUCUCAACAGAAAAAAGCAAGAAACUCAAAAAAUGGCCCGAGGCUUCCACCACUAAACCCGAAGCUGUAGAUACCUAUUGCUUGGAUUAUAAGCCUUCCAAGGGAAGAAGGUGGGCUGCAAAAGCACCAAGCACCAGAAUCACAUAUGGGACUAUCACCAAAGAGAGAGGCUACUGCGCGGAAGACCAGACUAUUGAGAGCUGGAAAGAAGAAGGUUUCCCAGUGGGCUUGAAGCUUGCUGUGCUUGGUAUUUUCAUCAUCGUGGUGUUUGUCUACAUAACUGUGGAAAAUAAGUCGCUGUUUGGUUAAGUAACUUAGGAGCAAAGCAAUACUCCAAGCGAGUCCUCCUGCUUCAGGAAAGAACCAAAAAAGUACCCUGAAGGGCAAGCCUAGCCCGCAGCCCUCCCUUGCAGGGAGCCUUCCCUUGCACUGUGCUGCUCUCACAGAUUGGGAUCUGGGCUCAGCCAGGUGGAAGGAACCAAUGGGAGAACGAGGCACCUGUGCUAAGAGCACGAUGGUUAGGAAAUCCCCCAAGUCAUGUCAGCUCUCAUUAAAGGUGCUUCCAUAUUUGAGCAGGUGUCAA